AUUCAAUCAGUGGAGGUGCUUUAGUGAGACAGCGCUUUUCUGUGUGGUUUGCAGACCUUUUUGUUUUCAGUUAUGUUACGUUUUAUGCUUCCAUUCAGUUUGGGAUAUUAACGAAUAUGGUGGUUCAUGCGUUUUUCUGUUUUUGUCUAUGGCUUUUGGGUGGCGUGUCUGGAGUUCAUACAGAUGAAACAGAAACAAUAUCAGUGAUGGAGGGAGAUUCUGUCACUCUAAACACUGAUGUUACUGAAUUACAGACACAUCGUCUGAUAAUGUGGACAUUUAGACUUAACAGUUCAGAGACUGUUAUAGCUGAAAUCUAUAAACAGACCAUCUCUGUAUAUGAUAGUGAGAAUGCUAAGAGAUUCAGAGACAGACUACAGAUAGAUAACCAGACAGGAUCUCUGACCAUCACAAACAUCAACAAAUCACACUCUGGACUUUAUAAACUACAGAUCAUGAAUGAAGACGUCAAACACAAGAGUUUCAAUAUUUCUGUCUAUGGUAUUCUGACUGUUCCUGUCAUUAUCAGUGACUCUUUGCAAAAUUCUUCAUCAUCAUCGGGAUCAUCCAGAUGUUCACUGCUGUGUUCAGCUGUGAAUGUGAGUCAUGUGACUCUCUCCUGGUACAAAGGAAACAGUUUAUUGUCCAGCAUCAGUGCAUCUGAUCUCAGCAUCAGUCUCUCUCUACCUCUGGAGGUGGAAUAUCAGGAUAAAAACACCUACAGCUGUGUGCUGAACAAUCCCAUCAGCAACCAGACUCAACAUCUGGACAUCACUCAACUCUGUCAGCCAAAUUCAGAAUCCAACCAAACUUCAUUUCUGCUUGUAUCUCUGUUGUUACUGCUGCCGCUGCUCACAGUUGUAAUCGUGUUGAUCUUCUGUCGCCGCAGGAAAUACACACAGGCAAAACAAAAGGCUCAGACUAAUGAAGAAGAGGUUGAUUAUACUGAUGCGACAUUUAUUAAACACAGAGCUCAGGAUGUGGAGGCUGGUGGACGAGAUCACACGGUGUAUUCAGAAGUCGUUUGAGAAGAUGAUUAUUCAGGCUGUUUUAUCAUUUAUCAUACAGCUCAGUUUAUUACAGGACAGAUCAUGUUGAGGUUUAUGUCAGUAUGUAGCAAUGUCAAACCUCAAAGUUACAUAUAUGCAAACUCCUCACCUUUCAGUGAGAACUCACCUUUUCACAUUUUCACAUUUUCACUUUAUUUACAAGGGUAAAUAAAGAACUGGUUGUUUCAGUAAGUACUGUACAGUGUUUCCUUUACUCUUUACUUCAAAAACUAUGUCUAUAAUGGGUAAUAUUUUAUGUAUUUGAGGUCUGAGAUUUGGCAAACAGUAUUGCCAUCUAAUCAGACAAUAUUGUCUUAAAUAUCCUGCAUAGGAUUUCAUUUUUAAGCAUUUUCUAAAAUAAUUUAAUCUUUAUUAAGAAAGGCCACAUGUCUGGAGAAUACACAACUGACAUGCCACUUUUUUAGGGACUGUACACGUAUGAGGCUAAAUGUGUUCAGUACUGUAUGUGUGUUAAUGGCUCCCUCUGCCGACUGUAUGAGAGACUUACAGGAAUCAAUGUUAUAAUGGGUUUGGCUGGUUAGCAUGGUCAUGUUAGCCUCUGCUAGUAGAUAACCAUAACCACUGUCUGUGGGACAAAAAGCAUCUUUCAAAAGUUUGAAUAAUUUGACUGAAUGAUUUAAAAAGCUCUGCUCUAUAAAGACAAGAUCAUUAAUACAGUUAAUUUUUAAUUUAUUGCUGCCUAACAGUAUUUGUAAAUUAUCAGUUCAAGAUGGUAAUCUCAGAUUCUUUACAUUAUUGAUGUCAUGUGGUGUAAACUGUGUAGGAAUUUACACAUUAAACAAUGUAAUGUAAUCGACAAGAAAGAAGGUUGCAUUCAGUAAGUAGUGAACUCUUCAGUCCAGGUACUUAGGCAACAUGUGAUGUUAUUGAUGAAUGUGAUGCAUUUAGUUUUUAUUUUCAAAGGUGUCGUAAUGUAAAACACGGUAAAUAGUGCACUAUUUAACAAAAAGAUUUUGCAAUGUCCAUCAGUAUUAUUUAUGUCUGUAUAAUGAGAAAAUAUGAUAAACGUCAGUAACAUCUGAAUGAGUAUCUCAGUUUAGGAGUCUCUAAUCUGACAAACCCAGUGAUUUAAUGUGACUGAUGAUUUUAAUUUUAGCUUUAUUCAGAUUGUUUGAGUAUAGUAAUUUUAUGAUGUGCUAUGUGCUGAGGCCUAAUGACUACCCUUUUUUUGUGGCAUUUAAGCCUUUUUCUUAUUUGUAUUUUUUGUUUUGUAGGCUACUUGAUAUUUUAGGCAAGAAGUGGCUUGUGUAUUUACUGAACAAACAUUAUUAAACAUUCUCUCUGCACUGACUGUGAAGCCCAGAUGUAGAGGUUGACCAGGGAACAGCAACCCAGCAAUAUCUCUAUAAAAUGAUCCUUUAUGUAAAUUUCUGAAAAUUAAUCAGCAAAUUCAAUUAGAAUCACAAGACAGGGCUGUUACCAAUCCAAUGAAAAAAGUGCUAACUCAUGCUUGUAAAAAAUGUAGGAGUUAUAGUGAAAUUUUUGGUGAAUCUGAAUCUCUUGAAGAAGCGCUCUACUACACAGCAAAAUCCCCAGUAUUAAAUUAACACCGCUCAGGGUACGUUUACACGACAACAAUGUACUAAAACGGAAAAGUUUUUUUUCUUUGUACAGAUGACAUGUUAUCGAAUCUAUCCCCGUUCACACGGAUCUGCGAAAAUUACUAAAAACGCUGUAUUACGCAUGCCAGACGAUGUAACUUUGUAAAGAAAGACUACGCGCCUUCACAUUCUUUUACAGAGCACUUGCACCAAACGCGCAUGCCUAUCCACCUUAUUUUUACAGUUUACUGCACUCAGUGUACAUGUGUCAACACUAUAGGGUGUUAAAAGUAACACCGAAGCAGUGUUAAAGUUAAUGAAAUAAUUAAGUGAUGAUUGACCAUUAGUAGUGACACCUGAUGUUAAUAAGCCAAAUCGCUGAAGUAAAGAGAAAUAUCAAGAAGAGAACAGAGAGAGACACAACAACUACAACUGACUUCCAGCCAUUAAACAUUAUUACACUUAUUAUUAACCAGUUUCAAGUCACCAUGAUGGCUAUCAGUGUUUUCUUUAGUUGGGCUUUUGACCCUUUAAUUUUUAUUAUUAGUUGGCUGCUUCCACUUUGUGUUUGUAAAGCACAUAUGUUAUGGCUAGGGAAAACAUGAUCUGGUCUGCAUUUCCUAAAAGCAUGGUAAACAUUAGUUGACAAACAACUUAGGCUUACAGUGCUUUGUAAAACGCAGGCUAGGUCACGAUGGUUGUGUUUUGAUGAUGACAUUAUCAUCGUGUAAUGGCCUGAAUCACUGGUCACAUCAAGUAUUAUUAACUGGUUAUAUAGAAGCUUUAUUAGUUUUUUAUUACAGUAAAUCUCUGAUGUUACAGCUUGUGAUCCAGCUGUGCUAUUACAAUCUGAAGUUCUUUAAAAAAAAACAAAAAAAACACACAGAUAUCAAGAAUCAGCAUAUGAACCUCAACAAUGGUGACAAUCAAACAAAGUGCUUUAUGUUGCAGUGCAUGAUGGGAGCCACCAAUCAAAACUCAUCCAUGGCUCCCAUCAUUCAUUGCAGCAUGAAUAAAUUAUGCAGCUGAAUUGUCCUGUAAUUUUUAUUGAUUGUUCAUGUUUGCUUUUAUUUUGCUGUUGUUUUGUUGUGACAGUAGCUUGUUUUGUGAUGUACAGUUUUAUGCUGAAGUUGAGUAAAGUGUCAAUCAGAAUGA